AUGUGGGAUCGUGCAUUCAACGCAAAUGCUCUCCGCGAAUAUGAGCCUCGCUUGAACCGCCAUGCUCUUACUCUCAUGUCCAAGCUCAAAGAGCGAGCUACACGAUCUUCAGUUCGAAUUACAGACUGGGUCAACUUCUACAGCUUUGAUGUUAUGGGAGAUGUCGGCUUCAACCGCAGCUUUGACAUGAUGGAGAAGGGUAAAGAAGAUCCUGUCAUCAAGCUAUUGCAUGAGAGCCACGCACCCAUAAGUGUUUUUGCGCACAUCUCUUGGGCGAUGCGGCUUAUCGCACUAACACCUGUCGGUUCUGGACCCCUCUUUGAGCAUAUAGCCUGGAGUGCAAAGGUUCUCGAAGAGCGGAAAAAGGAUACACCCAAAGAGAAGGACGUUUUCUCUUCUCUGCUGGACCCAAAUGACGACCGGAUAACGCCCGAGAUGAAUUCUGAUUCGCGGCUUCUGGUCAUAGCGGGCAGCGAUACCGUGGCUGCAACGUUAUCAUUUCUUUUGUACGAGCUGUGCAAGAAUCUGGAGACCCAAGCCAAGCUGCGCACCGCAAUUGAUGAAAUCGAAACGAAGAAAGCGCAUCUUAAUGUUGAAGACGUCACCGAGUGUGCUUAUCUGGACGGGACACCCUCCGGAGCGCAGCGCGAGACACCACCUGAAGGAAUAACUCUACCCAACGGCACAUAUAUACCCGGAAGAGUUAAUGUAUGGAUGCCGUUCUACAGCCUGCAACGCGACCCACGAUACUUUGAAGAGCCGCUGUCUUUCAUGCCAGAGCGAUGGACCGGCGAACGGCUUGGUGCUAUCAUCGACAAACGUGCCUAUCUACCUUUCUCCAUUGGACCGUACAACUGUAUCGGACAGAAGCUAGCCAUGAUGGAGCUGCGCAGUGUCACUGCCAAUCUUGUUAGAUCAUUCGAGAUCUCUUUUGCUGAGGGUGAGGAUGGCAGUACAAUCGAGAACAAGACCCGAGACUGCUUUACCAUCAUAGUGGGGAAGCUAGAUGUCAAACUCACGCCACGGUACUGA